AUGUCAGACCUCAACGGAGCACCGAACGGUACUGACAACGCCAACGGCACUUCCUCAAAGCCAGGAACACCGCAUAGCAAAUCAGGAUGGGAUGGCAAACUGAGAGUCAACAAGCAAGCCGUACUCGCCAACCCAGAGGCACUGAGCGAUCCAGACUACUCAGACGAGGAUGCACCGCCUGUAGACCAGAUUGAAGCUGACGAGGAUCUGCUGGACUCGGAAGACCCAGAGAUAGAAGAGCUUGACGUCCAACACUCCCGCGUCACAUCGAUACCUGCCUUACGGCUCCACCGCUUCCCUCGACUACGACGUUUAUGCCUCCGGCAGAAUAGCAUACAGAAGAUUGAGCUGCCGGAUGUUCUAAAUGCUGGACUGGAAGAGCUCGAGCUAUAUGACAACCUCAUCAAGCACACCGACGGCGUGGAGCAGUUCACAACUCUCAAGAGCCUCGAUCUCAGCUACAAUAAGCUCAAGCAUAUCAAGAACCUGUCCACCCUGACAAAGCUAGACCACCUCUACUUUGUGCAAAACCGGCUAUCCAAGAUUGAGAACCUGGAAACGCUGCAAGAACUGACAUACCUCGAACUCGGAGCAAACCGAAUCCGAGCAAUCGAAGGUCUCGAAAAGCUCGUCAAACUCACAAGCCUCUGGCUAGGCCAAAAUAAAAUCACCGAGCUCAAUGGUCUGAGCACACUCACAAACCUCCGCACCCUCAGCAUCCAAGCCAACCGCCUGACCACCCUCACCGGCAUCGAAGCCCUCCCCCAACUAACCGAACUCUACAUCUCCGACAACCAAGUCACCUCCCUCAACCCUCUAUCCCACACCACCAAACUGGAAAUCCUCGAUUUCCAAACCAACCCCAUCUCCUCCUUGACCGGCAUCGAAGGUCUACACGCGCUCGAAGAUCUCUGGGCCAGCAAUUGCAAGAUCGAUUCUUUCCAGGAGAUUGAAAGGGUGUUGAAGGAUAAGACGAAGUUGGAGGAGGUGUAUUUCGAGGGGAAUCCGGUGCAGAGGUCAGGGCCGGUGUUGUAUAGGAAUAAAGUUAGGUUGGCGUUGCCGCAGGUGAAGAAGAUUGAUGCUACUUACGUCAAGACAUCAUAA